AUGAAAAGUUGGAAGUUUCUCAAUUUGCCGCUGAUCUUGCAAGGAUGGUGGCUAGAGAACUCAAAGAAUGCCGACGACGAAGAAGAAGGAGAUGAGGAAAUCAAUGGCGAAGACAACGAAAUCGAAAACGAGGGAAAUGUUAAUCUAGUCCAGGUAAACCAAAGAGGAGUAACUUCAGAAUACCUAGCUCUCGGGUUAAACUUACUGCUACCGCGGUUCCUAGCCCCGUAGUCGCUUGCUUGAGUAUCAGACCUAUCUUAAGGGGUUAGGGAGAGGAGAUGGGAACGAGGUUGCUUUCUGCUUCUCAGUCUCUUCCCCUUUCCCCUGAAACACCUGAUAUUUAGGCUACGUAGUCGCUAAAUUUAAAAUUGUCUAUAAUUGUGUGUAAAUGUCAUGCUUCCGCAGUCCUUAGUCCAGCGGUCGCUUAAUUAACAAUUAUUCCUCGAGUCCGGCCGAAUCAGAGGCCAUGAGGGCGAGAGGAAUAAUUGUUUUAGUAAAAUCUAACUAGUUGUUAAAAAAUAUGGAGAAGAAAAAAAAUUUAGCUAUUGAAAGCUAGACUUUAAUCCUUUUUUGCCGCCAAAAAUCCCACGCUUUUCGAUACUAGUGGGCUAUAACAUAUAGCCUGGUAGUAGCUCAACCAAUCAGAAUGCAGCAUUGCUAAUAGACCACUAGUUGGAUUGUACUAAAAGUAAAUAGCCCACGUUCGGUAUAUUAAAAUUCUAAUAUGACUUAGCUGAUGAAUCUGAGGCUUUCUGGUUAUUUUUCUAUAUUAUUUUGGUUUGAUUUUCUUUGUGCUCAAGUCUCUUCUGGGAAUUGCGAGACAAUGCAUAUGGGGUCGUGAAAAAUUUGCAAUUUUGACCCUAAAUCCCUAAAGCCUCGGAGUCAUCUUAGAAUUUUAAUAUAUCGAAAGAGGGCUAUUGGCUAAGUGUUUAAAUGAGCACCGCAGUGGCAGGAUAUGAUGAGGAAUAUUUCAGAGAAGUUUAGCCACCAAUGCACACAGCACAUGUUCCUUGUGGUACUUGAAAAGCAACUCCAGGCUAACAAACAAAACAUUCUCAGGCUCGUACUGCAUGUAAACAUAACAAAGCGUCGUUGACUUGGUAAUUAUGGGAAGGCCCUGUUUGUUUAUUGCCUGAUUUCAUAAGGAGGGGACUAAGUACUAGUGCACAUACAAGGGAUUAUCAACAGUCGAAAAGAACACACCCAGCUUUACAAAAUCCUCCAAUGUGGUUUUAAUCUAGAUACAACCAUUCAAAUUCUCGAAAAUUUAGUAAGAUAUGUAUGAAUUGCCGGACACAUUGUCCGGACGUCUAUAUAUCUCUAAAGCCUCGUGCAAACGGACGCGACAUUGUUGGAUGUCACAUGUUUUAUCCGUUUGCACACCCUAUUGCAUGUAGUUGGGAGUUUUUUCCCAAAGUUUUAAACUGAUCAAACGUUGAGCUACUUGAAAACGGACGCAACAACUCCCAAUGUUGUUGGGAGUUGUUGGGUCUGUUUGCACGUAGCUUUAGUAAAUUUCUUGCGCUUUUUUAUUUGCUGUAUCUCAUGCCUUAUUUGCCAGAUAAACUCCAAACGUGAGUAUUUUUCUCGGUGUGCGCUUUCUGACUUUGAGGGCCUUGUGUUGAUAAUACACGACUUGUACCGAAUCCCCCAACGAACACGUAUGACAUUAAGCAACAGCUGCGCGGCCGCGCUUUGUUUUUGUGAUUUCUGGAUUUUCCAAGAAUAGCAUUUAAAAGAUUUUGGAUACAAUUGGUUCCUAUUAAAUAGGUUUGUCUUUAUGGGCUUAUCUUGUAGUUUGGAUUUGACGAUCCUCGAGAACUUCAGGAACAAGAAACAAGUAUGGAGCUAUUUAUGGAAGAGAAACCAACCCUCUUUAACUCUCAAAUGAAUCAGGUCAGUUUAACCCCCACCCCCCCCCCCGUGAGUUUAUAUUUUGUUCCAGGAGAGGGGCAUGAAGAGACAUCCUUGUUGGAGCGAGUGUAAACAUGGCAGAUCAGCGCUUCACUCCCAGUGGAAACUCCUUUCUCACAGUUGACUCAAUUGUAAGGAUUAGCAAGUGUAAAUCACUCAAUCGAUUCACACUUCACCUGCCCGUUACCACCAGUAUGUAACCUUGUGCCGCUUUUGACUUCAUAUUUCUGUAGGGUCGUAGACAACAUUUACAAAUAUUUUCUGCAAUGGGCGAGAUCUCAAGAACCAUAACCGAAUGAGCGUGAUUCAGUUAAACGGACUACUUUGUAGAAAAUGAAGCCCAUUUGGGCUUGAGGAAUAAUUGUUAAAAAGUCGUCAGGGAAAUGCCCCAAAAUAUAAUCAAUGCAACCUCGUCACCUGGGCUUCUUUUCUUCCAAGGGAAAUGCCUAGGGGAUGAGCUUGAAAAAUAACAGCGAGUAUUUUACGCCCCUACCCACAAUUCUCUGUCUAACCCAAGCGACAGUUAUUUGAAGUCAGUGCGCGCGUAAUAUAUAUAAAGCUGGUUCGGUCGACAGAGGGAUUGGGGGAGGGGUGGGUGAAAAUAACGCUUAUUGUCUCCUGCCAGAAUGGCUGACUUGCUUAUGUUUAGUCAUAAUGCUGGAAUUUGAAAAGUUACUAUACAGCCCUGACUUAAAAAUGGCACUCAUUUUUCUUGUUACGAAAGUCUUCCAAUAGGAUACAAUGUUCAAAUGAAUUUAGGUUUAACUCUCACAUGCGAUGCUGUGUCACACAAUGGUCAGCAACAAGAUUAUGUGGUGGCCUGAAUGUGUGGACGUGUACAGCGACCCCUCCCCCAGGAAAUAUCGCCCUUGGCAGCCCAGUGAAAUUCGCCUUUCGGCUAUUCUUGUUCUGUCGCGUUUGAGAGUAUCAUUUUGACCUUUUAAAAAUCGUUUUAGGGUGCAUCUGGUAAAGCCGACGAAAAGGAAGCAAAUAUAGCCGUCCCAACUGACUUAAAAAUCGAUCCCAGUUUGCCUCCAGAAGAAUUUAUGGACCAUCUUGUUCAACAUUUGAAAGGCUUAGACCUUCAAAGUGAAACAACAGCAGUUGAACAUCACAUCACCCUUGAUCUGUGGGACUUCGCUGGUCAACAUCUUUACUAUGCAUCUUACCCAGUUUUUUUAUCGACGCGAGCAGUUUAUAUGCUCGUGUACAACCUCAGCAAAGGUUUAAAGGAAACCGCUCAGCCUUGUUUCCGACAAGGAGUCCAUGAAAUUCUUCUCGCUAAUCCAAAUAACGAAAGCAAUUUGGAAAAUUUGUUGUCGUGGCUGGUGUCUCUCAGUUCUAUGUGUUCAUUAAAACCAGACGUGAGUGAAAGGACAACAAAAUUGGAGGAUCUGCCUUACUGUCGCCCUCCAGUGUUUAUUGUAGGAACACAUGCAGAUGAACCACAUCAAGACAUCAAGGAAGUGGAAUUGCAGAUUCAAAGAGAAAUAAGUGGAAAGGACUAUGAAAGUCAUGUUGUCCGUCCGUUCUUUUCAGUCGAUAAUACCCAAGGUUCAUCUGAUGACGGAGUUGUCGCACUUCAGAAACGAAUGAUUGAAGUCUUAAAACAAGAACCAUACAUGGGAGAGGAGGUACCAAUUCGGUAAGUUUUUAGUCAAGAAAAACUCUUGCUCCACAUUAUUUCUUACAGGCAGCCCUUCACCCUACGGUAGUACUAUAACAGUAGUGGGUCACGAUAAAUAAAAUCUACCUCGUUCUAAAGUAGAUAAUAGUUAGUCGUUCCGGCUUAAAAAGACGUUUUAAACGAUUUCCUGCGAGUACAACAACAACAACAACAACAACAAAUUUUAUUGAAAAUUGGAUAUACUAUAACUAAUUACAUUUCUUUCCCACACGCAAAUAGCUUAUGAACCAGUCGAGGCGAGGGGAGCUCAAGACAUAUUACAAGUAAAAGGUUUAUCUAUAGAUGGACUAUAUAAUAACAGUAAAGACACUACUAAACAAUAAAUAUAAUAAAGUAACAGAAAACAAAGCAAGUACCUAGGAUUACGAAGAGAGACGGAGACUUCAUCAUCUUCUGACAGCAAGAAAUUUAGUAGUAAUUCCUUUAUCUUUUUACGAAAAGACGCAUUUUAAUCGAAUGAGGAAUAGAGUUCAAAUUUCGGAACCGAUUCUCGUGAAAAAAGGUAUACACGUUAUCGGUUCCAGAGAACUUAACAUAAAACGAGUCGCUAGAGACAGAUAUUGUUUUCUAGUUAUGAAUCUGACUUGUUUUAACAAAUUGAUUGAGUAUACUAACUGGUGCUGUCUGUCUAUUGAUAUCCUACAAUAAAUAGCUACAAUCUCUGAAAAAAUAGGCUAGGAAGGGGAACGCAAUUCGAUUUGAGAAAGAAGGGCACGGAGAGUUACGAUCUUUCUUUGAAAUGUCAAGGCACAGUUUCCCCAACCACAGAUACCAUAAGUUAAGUAGGGGGCAAUUAAUGAGUUGUAAGUAAAACACGACGCGGGACGUAAUAUCGAAUCUUAGCUAUAAUUCCUAUCGACUUUGUGAUUUUGUGACAGAUAGAUUCUAUGUGAUAUUUCCAUGAAAGAUUUGAAUCAAUCAUUAAGCCAAGAUAUUUUACAUAGUCUUUCAUUUCAAGGCUUACGUAGGCGUUAGUCACGGAGUCAAGAAUUCUAAUCCUAGGUAUGAAGGGCAUAUUCUUUUGCCUUGGGCGAAAGAUUACAAAGUUUGAUUUCUUUAUGUUCAAAGAGUUUGUUUGCAUUUAGCCAUUCGUUGACGUUGCCAAGCCCUCGAUUAGCAAGUGAUUCGAGUUCCUUUAGGUUGUUAUUUGCAAGUAUUAUACUGGUAUCGUCAGCAAAUAGAUAAAAGGCAAAUAACGAAUAGGAUUUGUAAAUAUCAUUGAUGUAAAGUAGGCAUAAGAGCGAUCCGAGGACUGAGCCUUGUGGCACGCCGCACAAGGUCGUCUCAGCCUAAGCCACAACGUUAUUGACUUCCGUAGUUUGCUUUCGAUUAGUCAGGUAUGAUCUGAACCAGGAGUUGAUUACACCUCUAAUACCAUAAUUUUCAAGUUAAGCUAACAAAAUCUCAUGGUUAACAGUAUUAAAAGUCUUCUUGAGAUCGAUGAAAACACCGCGCGAAAAUUUACCGUUGUCCAUAUUUUGGAGAACAGUGUUAACAAUGUCAAGUAUAGCAUAAUGAGUACUUUGCUUACUGCAAAAGCCUUAUUGCUGAUCUUAGAGAAUGUUGCAAUCUUUGACAAACGUAGUAAGUCUGGAGUUCAUAAGUUUUUCAAAUAUCCUGUCAUAAAUCGAGAGCAGUGAUGUAGGCCGGUAGUUUUCGGGCAGAGUGUCAUCUUCGUUCUUAAAUACUGGAAUAAUCUUAGCACACUUUAGUUUAGAUGGAAAAAUCCCUAAGCAAGUAGAUUGUUUAAAAAUCGUGGCUAGCGGUACGAAAAUGAUCCUUUUUGCCAAUUUGGAGAUGAGUAGACUCCAUGGGCCUUGUUGUCUAGCAAAAUUGAAAGAGUGCGGCAACUGAGUCUAAAUCCGGGAAAAAUGGAGAUCUAUGCAGGACAGACUAAGACAGCAUGAAUAGGAUACCGGGAUGCGAUUCAUCCGUACUCAGACCUUCAACAUAGCUGAAAGCGCUCACCAAAAAACGGCCGUUUUUAGAUAUUGCGCCCUCUCCAAAAUCUGAACGUCUGGAACAGGCUGGUUUAUAGUGCGUUUUCACUCACGUGGCUAGCGUUUAUGCAAAUUUAUUGGCACAAACGAAAGCCAAAGCAUACGAAAAGAGUUCAGCUUCCACAGAAGUGGUUUGGCACAUCAACAUGGCAGCCGUUUCAUUGUUUAGAAACACCAAUAUGGACGCCGUGACGUCAUGCAAAAUCUUCAGCUCUAACCGCCUCGUUUAGGAUAGGGUGGAAAACCGCUUAGCUUAUGUUAUACAAUAUAAUAACUUGGUCAUCACCUGCUAAUCUAUCCGAGUACGGAAGAAAUUGACGUCACGAAGAAUAUAUUUUCAGGUCUCAUCCAGCACUUCCAGCACACUUAUGAAUAUGCCGAAGUGACAUUCGGAUUUAUGCCGAGCGCUGGAAAGGACACGCAAGGUCUAAUUUUUGCACCAGAUACACUCGCGACUUUUAUUGAUACUUAAACUGACACUUAAUGCUUUCGCUAGUAAGUCCUCGUUUGUUAUACGCAGCGAAUAUUGAAUAAGGGAAAAAGCGUGUUGUAAAUGGAGACAAAAACCGUUUCCUUAAAUACCAGCGAUUGUACGGUGCCGCGAUAUCCAUUUUGCACCUAGCCUGCGAACAAAGCCGUCCCUUAUCGCUCCUCAGCGCGGCUGGGGACGUUUCUUAAGAGAGAAACGAAACGUCCAUAGCGGCGAUUUCAGUGAGAAGAGAAGGCUUUAUUCGCAGGCUAAUUUGCACUGGUUUUGAGGAUUAGAUUUCAAGUUUGUGUCAACUGGUAUAACUGUAUUUUAUUUGCUUAAUUUAGUAGAAGAGAUCAAUCUUUAAGUGAUGCUUAAACUUCGUCUUUAAGCUUUUGUUUUUUUCUAUUUUUUUUACCAGAUGGUUUAAUUUCGAGAAGGUUGUCCAAGCUUUGAUUGCUGAAAAGGUACAUUAUUUAAACCUCGAACAACUUCAAGGUAUUAUCCAGAAAGUUUGCUUUAUUGAAGACGAAGAUGAGGUCGCCACUUUGUUGGAUUUCUAUCAUGACCUCGGCAUGAUUGUCAGACAACGCAACACAGUUGUGCUUCGGGCUCAGUGGCUCAUUGAGGUCAUCAGGCAACUUAUAACCAUUCGUUCUUUUAACGAAAUGGUAAGUGAAGCACAUUCAAGUGUAUAAGUGCCCUCCACGGAGAACACCAUCCCACCCUGUUAUAAAUUCUCUGCAUCACCAUUGCCGCAGAAAAACUGUGGCGGAUUCAUUUACCUUAAUGAUGAUUAUCAUGUUUUGAUAAUAUCACACCCACUAAGACCAACUCGGCGUUUUCGUGAUGGAUUUUCUUUGUUGAUAUGUGCAGUCAUAAAACUGGCUAAAUAUUAGGGAAUCCUAGCAGGGACAAUUAAAUGUUUGCAUUUAGCAAAGCUGCAGACAACAUAUCCGAAACAUAACUUCAUUGCAGUUUAGUGAUUUUAUGUGACAUACGAGUUUUAGCUUACCUAUACGACAAAACUUCUUAUUUAUGACGUCAACUUUAUUAAUGUGUUUCAGCGGAAAAAGUGUAUUUACUUCACAAAAAAACUAAAACAAACAAACAAGUAAACAAAAGCCCUUGUGAUAUUCCUUCGCCGACCUGCCUCGACCAGUGAUUUUAGUCAUCUGCUUCCAACCAUCCCGUAAUAGUUUGGAAGCUUCGGAUCAUAUACAUUUAUUAAUGCAUCAUGUUAGUACGUUAUCUGAAGCUUUUUAUUACCUCUCAAACUAUUAUGGGAUUGUACUUUCGAAGCCCUCCUCUUAAAGUUCUUUAGGAACUUACUUCACCGCCAAAUGUUUUUCCUGAUCCAGACUGAUUGUGUUAAUACUAGUUUUCUUUUUGAACCAUGUACUUUAUUUAAAUCCUUUUAUAUUUCUUCUGUUGUAGUACCUGAAAAAAAAAAAAAGAUCCUGAGUUUGUUCAGUAAUAAAUUUGACGUUCUGAAGAAUUGCCUUCUUUCGGUUUUGUUAUAGGAACCGAAACAUUCCAAGUUUUGGAAGGAAAUGGAGACGACAGGUGCCCUCCACAUGGAGUUGGUUGAUCAUGUGUUCUCCAAGCACUGCCAGCAGCAAGGCCUGAUCAAGGAGGAUAUCCUGAACAUGAUGGAGCAGUUCGGAUUGAUCGUCAAAUUUGCCACCUCGCCAACAAAUGAAAUGUACUUUGUACCCUGUCAACUGAAGACGCCACCUGACGCCCUUUGUGACACGGAGCCAUCACCGUCAGAUCCAUGUCCAUUGUACCUGCAUUUUCUGGGGGGUUUUGUUCCUCACGGUUUCUUCUGGCAGCUUGUGUCACGAAUCACCAAAUGGUGCUCUAAGAGUGGAUUUACGCAGCCACCCAGAUUUUUUCUUGCGGCCUCCAGGUUUGUCAUAGAGAAGAAGUCAAUUUAUCAGCUGAUUCUUUUGUGCAAAAAGCGAUUCAUUAAGAUCAUCUUGACGCAUUCAGAGCCAGCCGGCGGAGCAUCAUUUUCCGAAGUAAGAGAAUUGGCGAUUCUUGUGCGAACGUUCUUGGAAGAAACAGUACAGGACUUUAGACGUGAACUCCCCUGGUUGGGCAAAUUGAAGUGUGAUUUUUGUGUUGUGUGUCCUGGCUGUCUGCGGAGGGAAGAAAUGUGUUCUUAUCACGAUGUUGUUUCAUGUGACCACGAGGACUGCCUGUGCCUUCUUAAGGUUCUCGAAGAAGGGCAACUCAGCCAUUGUCCAAGUAACGUAGACGUUAAAGUCCCGACGGUUUUCGGGCUGGAAAAAUGGUUUGCAGCCAAAGGUUAG